AGUAAACAGUUUUUUUUAGUAGAAAAACUUGCGUCGCAAACCGUUGCCGCUCUCGUAGAGGUGCAGGCGGUUCCUUUUUUUGCACAAGUUUCACAACUGGCGCUCAAGAUGAUGAUCUUCAAGACCAUAAAGAUGAACGAUGAUCAUCUUCCCCAUAACUUAACCUCUAGUCUAGCGAAAAAGUAGGAAUUUAGUGAAGGCGAAGGCUAGUUUCCCCGAGCAGCUACCCACACAAGUAGAGCACUUCACAUACCCGCCCAUGUCACAUCGAUCAUGACGGCCGUCGUCAAGCACAUUCCGAAGGAAGGCAUUCCCGGCGCCUGCGCGAUGACGAAUACCGAGAAAAAGACUUUCUCUGCCACAGAGGCUGAUGCUUGUCCCGGUCAUCAGCAACGUCAGCAAAAUGCGCCAACAUGUGAAGGCCUUGUUCAUGGCGCGCGGCAAUCUUUCCCCGCAAAAAGAACCUCUCGCUACUUCAUCAUGUCCGACACCUAUCGGAGCGUUCUGUUUUGCGCAACAACGCUGCUAGUGGGAUUCGUCGCGUGGAAGAAACAGGCAGCGAAUGGUGACAAAAUGAGCGACGGUGGAGGAAUACUGUCCUUCUGGGAGAGGGACGCGAACGGGAAUGAAAAUGCGUUUUCUUUUUCAUCUUCCAAUCCGGUGACUUUUGUGGCAACGAGCAUCUUUUCCUUCUUGAACACACUGACGACGUUUGAGGAGCUUCUCGUGUUGACGGCAGUCUACACCAUCUACGCAAUUUUGGCCAACAGUUUCUGGCUGUGUUUCUUCAAGACACGCCGCCCAAAUUUGUGGAACAUUCUGCGGUCUCGGCCCGGUUUCGUGUGCGAGUCGCACCAGGCGGAAAUCGUGAUGUGUUUUACCCUCGCGCCGCACCACCUGAUCGCGGGACUGUUGCACAUUUACGGACACUACCUCUGUCCGGAUCUUCACCGUGCUGACGCAGGAGUUCUUUCUGCGGGUCAAAAUUUCCACUGUGCGCAGUGGAUCAAGCAUGGCAUCCUCUGGGAAGCCGCCUUCAACUUGCAAGACUACGUUGCCUGUUUCGCGCAGUUGUUUCCGCACAAUUCACGCCGCAAGGUCAUGGCGGAUCAUGUCGCUGUGGCGGAACAAGUACCUGAUCAGGCACAGCAAAUGCAGCCAGGGGAUGAAAUGAGCGAAGCGAAUUUAGCGGAAAUUCAAAUUUCUAACCCAAACGGUAUGGACCGCACAGCAAGCUCCACCGGCGGCACGAGGACGCCCUCGAGGAGUAGUUAUCACCGAGAACAAGACCCCUCCUCCGCUGCGAGCAGGACUUCCUUAGUCACCCAGCACAAAGUCAAAAACAAAACUGAACCUGCGCAAAUGAAGAAUGGAAGCUCGCCCAAGAACUUUUUCCCACCGCUGACCCGGGGCCGCCUGGCGCUCGCGGGACACCACUUCGGAGCGGGGCUGUUCGGGCUGGCCUGCGUGGAGUCAGACCUGUUGUACCGAGAGGACCUGCAGAAGAUGUGCAUCGCACUCGAGUUUGCGGCGGCCAUCGCGUUGUUUCUGCUCGGCUACCUGUACACGCUGGAUUUUCGGCGCGACCUGAAGCCACUGUGGUUCUUUUCCAUCGUGAACACGACGGCGUUCACCUACACGCGCGUCUACGAGUUCCCGAAGUACGCCUUUUCCCUCGCCACGCACCUGGUACAAGGCGCCCAAAACGCGCACUACUCCCUGCCCUUCGCGCUGUUCGGACUUGCUUCGCUCGUUGGUUUCGCGGUCUUCAACUUCCACGCCGUGUACGGGUCGACGAAACGAGCCCUGAAAAUGCAGGAAGUCCUGUUCGAAGAGCUGCUGCUGAGACUGAGAACUCGGCAAGACGAAUUGGCAAGAAGUGGCACACCAACUCCUGCUAAAAUGAAAACCAAGUGGCAGCGGAUGCAGUUGUCGUUUUUGCCGUCGGCAGAGAAAUUCCUGGUUAUGAACCUGGAACUGACGAGGAAAACGAAGCGCAGUAUGUUUCCAACAGCUGCUCGUCGUCCAUGAGGAUUUUUGUGCUUGUCCUGUGGUGCAGCGUGACAGGCAGUUAGAGUUACAACUUCUAGUACUCUGACCGAGUAUCGCAAAUGGAUAGAUUUGGCUGAGUAAUCGACGGACGAAAGCAAGAGCAAGUAAGUGUAUACGGAAUAAUAUUCCGCGCUUUUUUUUUACCAUUUUUCGCUUCCUGCUGUCUUUUUUUGGUUUUCAAUUAUACCAUCGCGUCCCCGUUCCGGACGCGGACGCGUUGCCCCUUUACUUUUUUUUGCCACAUCCAGAAAGAACACCGCGUUACACUGUUGCAGGUGCAGCACAACCUCCACAAUAAAUCCGAUAUAAAAAUGUUUGUAUUCACCCCGUUUCGAGCAGUUUCGUUUCUUGUAUGAUUCCAUGCAGCAUGUAGCUUUUCUUCCAUGUGAAAGAACCUCUCAAAUCUCAAAUCGCAUUGCGCGCUUGAAGUCAAGCAGCAGCCCCACAUAACUCACGAACAUGUUGAAGCAUACUAGACAUAAAUGCUUUUUUGUAUCAAAUGCGACCAAUCAUCUGAAUUCCCAUGAAAAUAAAAAUUUAGGC